AUGACUCUUUCUAAUGGUAGCGCUAACGAACACGCCGAUAUAACAUUGGAUAUGCUUAAUUUUGGAUCAGAUAUUACAGAUGAGCAAAAGGGACAGUUACUAAAUAUCGUUAACGAGUUUUGGGAUUGUUUUGCACUAGAUACCAGUGAGUUAGGAGUAACAAAUAUUUCAGAAAUGCAAAUUAAUCUUCUUGAUGAUUCAUCGGUUACAUAUAAGCCAUAUCGUUUAUUAUAUAGUGAACGACUCAUAGUCAGGGACUUAGUGAAUGAUCUUUUAGACAAUAAGAUUAUACAAGAAUCUAAUUCAUCGUACGCGAGAUAUGGACGAUUUGCUUUCACCAGCUGUGUCAAUUGA